CAGUUCCUGAUUUCUCCUCGAUUUUCUCCUACUUUAAUCGAUAAUUUUGCUGCCACAAACCUCAGAAAUGUAUAUUUUGUGAGUCAGGGAUCUUGUGACUGCAACCAUGAGCUUGUCAACACUAUUCCCCUGCAAGAUGAUAAGAAGGUCCCUUCGACUAGAAACUCGAGAUGCCAUUGAAUUUCGGAAGAAAAUCCAACAGGGGCCUCUUGGAUAUUUGGAAGUUUUGCCACUUGAAUUGAAAUUCGAACUCUUCAGUUAUCUAUCCAUAAAUGAUCUAAGCAAACUGACCAUCACCUCCAAGUCUGUCAGGAAUGUGGUUGAAAUCUACAGAUGCAGUAAAAGUGCUAAACAGAUCAGAAUAGAUGUGGGACCACAUAAACAGAGGACCAAGGAGGAACAUGAAGAAUAUUUGCAGUAUUAUAGCAGGCUUGGUUUACUGCUGAAGAGAUCGAGUUGUCUCUACGCAACAAAGGAGAGACUGAGAAUGACAGAGCAGUGUAUGUUCCAGCACAUGUGUAUGGUAUCGAAGUCCUGCUGCGAUCCUGACCACUGCAACUCACUAGUAUACUUCGGGAUGUUCCUAAAGGUGAUCAUAUCAGGAUGGGAUGAUAUGGAGUGUCACCGGGCCUACGUCAUGUUAGCCAACAGUGUUCACACCAAUGUUAUGAGAUACUUGAGUCUCAUAGUCAAAUCAAAGCCAGGUUUGUACUCCACCUUAGAAAUGCACGUACGCCUCUUCCUACGACGGGUGUUCCUGGAUCCCUAUGAGAGGAUUGACGACCGUGGGAUGUGGCUCAACAAGAUACUGAGUGGAUGGCCAAUGGUGCACCAGGCAAAGAUUCUCUAUCUGUUGUAUGGACCUGCAAAUGGGGGUGAGAUCCAAUGGGAGGAGAUGUGUGAGAACACAGCAGCUAACCACCACCAGCUCUAUGGAUGCUUUGGAGAGUUAGGCAGUGCGUUCCAGAUCCUCUACUUCACACGCGAGUGGACAGAUGAUAAUAUCAUCAGCGUCUUUGAUGAAAUAACUUGCAUUCCUGAUGAAUGGUUAGCUGAGAACAUAGCAAGUCUCCUGUUCACCAGCAGUUAUGACAUCACAUUCAAGGUCCUGGCUAGUAAAGCUGUGAAUGGACGGUUACAGGACAUUGCUACUGCAGUCACCUCGCUCUGUUUGGUGUACACCAAGAUAAACAAGGGAGUGAGUCAGAUCAUCACGCUCAUCAAGCAAAUCUGUAAAGUCCUCGAGACUCUGGCAGAGAGGGAGUCAUUCCUCAAUGAAAUAGUCCAUGCAUUCAAGGCUGUGGUGAUGGAUCUGUAUGAGUUUGACAAUCCAGAUGAAGACCGAGCCAAUGAUAUGACAUUCAUGCUAAAUGCUCAGGCAGAAUUCAUGAAGGAGCUGAUCAACCUUUCACUGUUGAGCAGGGACUAAAGCAAUCCACUUGCCCAGUGUCCUAGGAUCUAUCGGCCUUGUCAAAUGACUCUGCCAAGCAAUGACUUUACCUGGACAUUCUCUUCUGGAUGGAGAAGUAUCCCAGGGGUUCUCUGAUGUGCAGUCAAGGGGAUUGUGUGUCUUAAAUAUGGUGCUAUAUAAUAAUAAUGAUGUUGUCUGUUAAUGUUAUUUGAAAGCAAGCAAAGCAGAGCAAGGUGAAAUUGAAAACACUGAGUGGUAAAGAUCUAAAAGAGCUUACAGUUGUCAACUCUAUCACUG